GGUCGGCUUCCCCUCCUCUUACAAGGGUCAUCGACCCCUGCAAACCCCGGCUUUCAACGGCCAUCCAUCCAUCAGCCUGUCUGACAUCAACAGGACGGACAUGCAAACGUGGUAUCAGCCAUAACAAACUUGAAACAUCGUGCUGCGCUUCUUCUGCUGCGUAAUCCGGGAUAUAGGCCGUUGUAUCAUCCCAAUACCAUCAUGUCCGAGACAGCAAAGCGGCGGGUUGAAGCGAUUGGCAGCCAUCUCGCAGCGCCGUCAGCAGCCACCAGCAUCCCGCCCAUCACAAAGAUCGCAUCCAACUCCAACGGCCCCCGGGUCGUUGGCAAGGUGGUCAUUGUCACCGGCGCGAACUCUAUUCUCGGCAUUGGCCGGGCCUCAGCGCACCAGUUCGCGCAGAACGGGGCCCGGGCCGUCUACAUCUGCGACUACGACGACUCCAACCUCGCCGAGCACAAGCGCGAGAUAAACGCCGCGUGGCCCGGGGUGGACGUGCACGUGCGGAAAUUCGAUGCCGCCGCCGAGGAAGCCGUCAAGGCCGUCGUCGACGACGCCCUCGCGCGCUACGGCCGCCUUGACGUCUUCUUCGCUAACGCUGGCAUAAUAGGGCCGUUGUCCAAGUUCACCGACGUCGACGCCGACGACUUCAUGGAGGCAUUUCGCGUCAACACGCUUGGCGUCUUCCUGGCCGCCAAGUACGCCGCGCCGGCGAUGCAAAAGACAUCACCCGAGAAGCCAGAAUCAUCGGGGAGCAUCAUCGCGACGGCGUCGGUGGCGGGACUGCGGUCCAACGCCGGCCCCACGCCGUACUCAGCCUCCAAGGCGGCCGUGAUCUCGCUGGCGCAGACCAUGGCCUACCAGCUCGUGGGCACGGCGAUCCGCGUCAAUGUGCUCUGCCCCGGCAUGAUCGAGACGGGCAUGACGUCGCCUGUGUUCGAGGCCGCGCGCGCGCGCGGCACCCAAGGCAAGAUCGGACAGCUCAAUCCGCUGCGGCGGAGCGGGCACGCCGACGAGAUCGCCCGCGUCGCCCUCUUCCUGGGCAGCGACGAGAGCAGCUAUGUCAACGGGCAGGCCUGGGCUGUGGACGGCGGCUUGAGCGUUGGCCACCCCUUCGUCCCAGGGAAAAUGGCUUGAUGGCUGUUUUUGGCUGUGCCAUCUGCAAAAAUCUAUGUUUACGAACCUACUUUUCUGUAUCAGUUAACGGGAAGGAGCCAAAAAAACGGGUUGAAAUAUCUUUCUUAGUUGAUGGGGAUAUGGCGGAUAUACGGAUAGUGUUUGGAGUUUGUUGAACCACAUUAGCAUCCCUAGAUGUCAAAGGUAUUUUCCAAAUACAGCGAAUAAGUCGUCUCCAG